GUGGCAAGUCUAUAUAGGCAACCCCGCAACCCAAACGGCAAUAGACAGACACAGAGACAAAAGACAUAGACAGACACAGCAAUUUUCACUAGCAAACAAACAAACAAACAGUGGUGAAAAUGAACGACAUGUUGGUAGUCACUCUAGGGGUCACUCUAGUGGUCACUCUAGUGGUUUUCCUAUUUGUUUUGACCUGGAUCAUGAAUUUACUCAUCAGAUCGACCGAAAAACAAACUCGGCUUUCGGCUGUUAACCUGAAUAAUAUUGAAUCUGACGUUAAUUACGCAACCAAACCUGUAAUUGACCAAAAUUUUUCGACUGCCAGCGGAGUCUUGAACAACCAAAGUUUUCAUCGUUUGAUGGCAGACGAAAAGAAUCUGAUUGUGUUGGAAAACCAACGCUUAGCGAAGGAGUUGAGUCUAGUUCAAUCACAACUGACAGACUCCCAUUCCAAAGUGAAACAAUUCCGCAUCGAGUCAUCAGUAACUUCCAAAAGCAAACUCGAAAAACAGAAAAAUCUAAUUACUAACAUGACAGUGAAAAAUCUCCGCUUGACAGAUGCAAAUUCGCGACUAAGGCGAAAAGUUGAAGACAGAGAUAGAAUUAUCUCACAUCUCACAUCCAGUGAGAUUGAGAAAAACCUUGUAUUGGAUAGAGAACGUUUGGUGAAUGAGUUGAGUCUCGAACUCGAAGAAAAGAAACGUUUAAUGACUGACAUUGACAUGACAGAGAAAAUGAAAAAUCUCCGCUUGACUAAUGACGAUUCGCGUCUAAGGCGAAAAAUCGAAGACAGAGAUAAAAUUAUCGCAUCCAGUCGAGCGAUUGAGAAGAACCUUGUGUUGGAUAAAGAACGUUUGGCGAAUGAGUUGAGUCUAGUUCAAUCACAACUGACAGACUCCCAUUCCAAAGUGCGACAAUUUCACAUCGAGUUAGCAACUACCAAAAGCGAACUCGAAAAACAGAAAAAUGUAUCGACUGACAUGACAGUGAAAAAUAUCCGCUUGACAAAUGAUGAUUCGCGACUUAGGCGAAAAAUUGAGGCCAGGGAUAAAAUUAUCUUAGCCGGUCGGAGGGAAUUGGAAGAACUAAAAGAAAAAGCAGACGAUGAUUUGGCCACGGCUACAAUUGAGCUAGAGUCAAGGAAUAGAACCAUUUCUGAACUUGAAACGGAAAAAAUCCGUUUGGUAGAAAACGAUUCACAGUUGAGGCGACAAUUGGAAGAAGCCGAUCUUCUUCUUCAAUCCAGUCAGUCGGAAAUGGAAGAACUACGAGUAUCCCUGAAUCACCAGACCUACACAAUCGAGCACCUACAGGAUCAAGUGAAAAGUCUAAACGAGAAGAAGAAAAGGAAGAAGCCGCUCGGAAAUUGGCAAAAAUGGAAGAUAAGAUAAGGUCCGAUAAAGUAUUGACCAAGAUCAAACCAAAAUCUAAAGGAAAUAGCGACACCGACUCGUAAAGGGCCAGGUAGACGGCCAACGCCAUCUCGCACUGAUCAUGAGAA